UCGGAUCUGGUAUCUGCAACUCGUGAUCCCGCCAAAUCCUUCAAUUGCCGCGUGUCUGGAGUGAUGAUGCUAGCUUUCUUGCCACCGCGGAGUGCUUCCGAACCGCCUGCCGCGGUUCUUUCAACGGUGGGACUUCCGAGGCCAACUUCAUCCAAUUACGCAGAUUCUCGUGAGAACCCGGGUAUAACUGUCACUUUUGUGUAGCUGAGGCCCUUUCUGCAUUCCUGAUCACACGACUCCAAAAUGCUGCGACCAACAUACAGACAUGCCACCAGGCAAUUGCGCACCCCACUCCGGUCUGCGGCUCUCGGUAAACGGUACCUACAUGCUCCAGUCAAGUUUGACUGGCAAGACCCAUUGAACACAAGCAACCUGUUCACAGAGGAAGAGCAAGCCAUCUCAGAGACAGCAGAGUCAUAUUGCCAAGAGCGUAUGCUGCCGAGGGUGCUAGAUGCCUACCGCAAUGAGAACUUUGACAGAAAGAUCAUUGAGGAAAUGGGUGAGCUUGGACUACUGGGCGCAAGCAUCCAGGGCUAUGAGUGUGCAGGAGUCAGCAGUGUUGCCGCAGGUCUGAUCACCAGAGCUGUGGAGAGAGUCGAUUCUGGCUAUCGUUCCGGUUACUCGGUCCAAAGCUCACUUGCCAUGGGAGGUAUCGAGGAGUUUGGAUCUGAAGAGCUGAAGGAGCGUCUCCUGCCGAAAAUGGCCAAGGGCCAACUCCUAGGUUGCUUUGGUCUGACUGAACCCAACCACGGAUCCGAUCCAGGCUCUCUGGAGACAACUGCCAAGCCACAUCCGACCAAGAAGGGCUACUACUCUCUGUCUGGAUCAAAGACGUGGAUCACAAACUCGCCCAUUGCUGACGUCCUUCUCGUCUGGGCGAAGCUGCAGGAAACGGGCAAGAUCCGUGGCUUUGUCAUUGAGCGCGACCAAUGUCCACCAGGUACUCUCGAGACUCCGCCAAUCAAGAACAAGAACGGUCUGCGGGCAUCCAUUACCGGCAUGAUCCAGCUUGACGAGUGUCCUGUGUCGGAAGCCAACAUGUUCCCAGAGGUCGAGGGUUUGAAGGGACCCUUCAGUUGUCUCAACUCGGCCAGAUAUGGCAUUGCCUGGGGUACGAUCGGUGCUCUCGAGGACUGCAUUGCGAGAACCCGCGAGUACGCCCUCGAGAGGAAACAGUUCAAGAACAACCCGAUUGCCAAGUACCAGCUUGUGCAGAAGAAGCUGGCCGACGCAACGACGGAUGCUGCAUACGGUAUUCUUGCUGCCCACCAAGUCGGAAGGCUCAAGGACGAGGGCAAAGCUGCACCUGAGAUGAUCUCUAUGAUCAAGAGACAGAACUGCGACCGAGCCCUGAUCAAUGCGCGAACACUGCAAGAAGUGUUUGGUGGAAACGCAGUAUCCGAUGAGUACGGGAUCGGAAGACAUGUUGCCAACUUGUUUGUGACGCAGACAUAUGAGGGCCAGAGCGACAUCCACUCUUUGAUCCUUGGUCGCGCAAUCACGGGUCUGCAAGCAUUCUGCUAAUGGUGAGAUAUACUCAGGUUGUUGCUGUACCACCAACAAGAAUACAUAGAAGCGCAACCAAUCACAAGCAACAUGUCAGCUGUAGGCGCCUAGCAGUGGUACGCAUGCAGGCAAUGUUUAUUUAGAAGUAAAUGCAUAUCAAACCCAGCGACUCUUGCCUCGAACGCGGCAAGUAUCACAUCUGAUUGCUCGUAUCCACAGUGCCGUUCGCCACCCGAGUAAAGGCCUCGCUAUCGCCUAAUGUCUGGUGACUAAGUCAAGUUAGAAGCAGGCGUGAAUGUCCAUGUCAGCCUUGACACAUCUUCUC